AGCGCAAUCUAAGAUUGAUCAGACGUGUCCCAUUCAUUUUUAAAUUUUAUCGGCUAUCAUUUUGUAACGAGAUCUCGUUGGCUGCAGGAUCAUUAUACUAGUAAGACUGAUUGACAUUAUACUAUAUUACAAUGUCAAUUGAUCUUCCUGCUUAUUCGUAGGAUUUAGAUGAAUCUGGUUACCGAAUUCAAACAAGUCUCAGGCUGCAAGCUUAUUAAAGAAAUUGAUUGCUUACAACAUGUUUACUCGAAAAUGUUUUGAGUAAAUCUCAUCUGUCCCACAGUAGCAAUGUUUGGCUCAAGCAAUAAGUUAUGUAUCUUAAUAGAUCUUAUGUAGAUAAUGCAACUUCUACGCGUAACAUGGAGAAGGGUUGCGGCAAAUGUACGGAGGUCAAUACCUGUGACUCAAUUUAGAAGAAUAGUGAAAGUGGCUUUUAGUGAUAAAUACUUGUUUUACACGAAUAUUACCAUAUCAUUAAGUUUAUCUUCAGUCGGUGAUCUUUUGGAGCAGAGUUAUGAAAUAUACACUAAGGAACAAGUCGGUUAUGAUAAAACAAGAUGCCUGCAUAUGGCGUUUUCUGGUGCUGCGGUCGGCGUACUUUGUCAUCAUUGGUAUAAAGUAUUAGAUAGAUUUAUUAUAGGCAAAACUGUAGACAUGGUUAUAAAGAAGUUACUGCUCGAUCAGUUAAUAUUCUCACCGAUUAUGAUUGUAACAUUUUUUGGAAGUGUCGCUUUGUUCGAAUCGAAUCCCUUUGAAAAUUUCAAGGAAGAGAUGAAGGAUAAGUUCGUUACCUUGUACCGAGCUGAGUGGAUGGUGUGGCCGCCAGCGCAAAUUAUCAAUUUCUAUUAUCUACCGACUAGGUAUAGGGUUUUAUACGACAACACGAUAUCACUAGGCUAUGAUAUUUAUACUUCUCAAGUCAAACAUAGUAAAGGAAUAAAAGCGAAAGCGGACGUUUUGAAAACAGGGACCGAAAAAUUGACUAGUUCGUCUUGACGAAGGUUUUUACUAGGGAACUUAAUAUUAUGUAAUAUGCUAGAGCAAAAUAAAGUCCAAUUACUUAGUUUUAUAAUGGCACUUAUUGUCAACAUUGUUACUACAUUCGUAAAAUUGUAACAUUCACUCAUUUACUUGAUUUUACCUCGACGUAAGCUGUGCUGUGAUAAAACGUUUACCUGCGUACAAAAA